AUGGGACACACACCUGUGCUAUGGAGAGACAUGGGACACACACCUGUGCUAUGGAGAGACAUGGGACACACACCUGUGCUAUGGAGAGACAUGGGACACACACCUGUGCUAUGGAGAGGCAUGGGACACACACCCGUGCUAUGGAGAGGCAUGGGACACACACCCGUGCUAUGGAGAGACAUGGGACACACACCUGUGCUAUGGAGAGACAUGGGACACACACCCGUGCUAUGGAGAGGCAUGGGACACACACCCGUGCUAUGGAGAGACAUGGGACACACACCUGUGCUAUGGGAGACAUGGGACACACACCCGUGCUAUGGAGAGGCAUGGGACACACACCUGUGCUAUGGAGAGACAUGGGACACACACCUGUGCUAUGGAGAGACAUGGGACACACACCCGUGCUAUGGAGAGACAUGGGACACACACCCGUGCUAUGGAGAGACAUGGGACACACACCUGUGCUAUGGAGAGACAUGGGACACACACCUGUGCUAUGGAGAGACAUGGGACACACACCCGUGCUAUGGAGAGACAUGGGACACACACCCGUGCUAUGAAGAGGCAUGGGACUCACACCCAUAG